CAUCUGAAAACCAGCAGAAGUCCUGGUUCUGUCGCUUGGACGUGGGCCUGGACCUGGACCUGAAAUAGACCUGGAUCUAGACCUGAGGACGGUGAUGCUGAUUGGCCUCUUUGCUCUUCUUGGUGGACGUUGAUGGACGAACUGAUCUGGAUCUGCUGAGACGCCACAGGUGAGAUGGGCUGUCUGGGAGGGAAGACGGAUGAAGAACGACUGGAUGAAAAAGCAAAGAGAGAAGCAAACAAGAAGAUCGAGAAACAGCUGCAGAAAGAGAGACAAGCUUAUAAGACAACACACAGACUGUUACUGCUGGGUGCAGGAGAAUCCGGUAAAAGUACGAUAGUGAAGCAGAUGAGGAUUCUUCAUGUCGACGGUUUCAACGCUGAAGAGAAGCAGGAGAAAAUCCGGGACAUCAGGAAGAACGUCAAGGACGCCAUCGUGGCUAUUGUGACCGCCAUGGGCACGCUAACUCCGCCAGUCCCCCUGGGUAACCCUGACAACCAGUUCAGAGUCGACUACAUCAAGAGCACCGCGCCACUAUUGGACUUCGAGUACACUGAGGAGUUCUUUGAGCAUUCUCAGAAGCUGUGGGAGGACGACGGUGUGAAGGCUUGUUACGAACGCGCCAACGAAUAUCAGCUCAUCGACUGUGCUCAGUACUUCUUGAACAGGUUGGACUCCGUCAGGAAGAGUGACUACACACCCAAUGACCAGGAUUUGCUGCGCUGCCGAGUCUUGACUUCUGGGAUUUUUGAAACCAGGUUUCAGGUGGACAAAGUCAACUUCCAUAUGUUUGAUGUAGGAGGACAGAGAGAUGAACGCAGGAAGUGGAUUCAGUGCUUCAACGAUGUGACAGCCAUCAUCUUUGUGGCGGCCAGCAGCAGCUACAACAUGGUGAUCAGGGAGGACAACUCCACCAACCGGCUGAGAGAAUCUCUGGACCUCUUCAAAUCCAUCUGGACCAACAGGUUUCUGAAGACCAUCUCGGUGAUCUUGUUCUUGAACAAACAAGAUGUUCUGGCUGAGAAGAUUCUGGCUGGAAAGUCAAAGCUGGAGGAUUAUUUUCCUGAAUACAACGACUACCAGGUUCCUGUUGAUGGUAAAAAAAAAAUACACACAUGCAUCAGGACAUACAUGUACAACCACACACGUAACAUGAGUAUAAACUUGUGUCCCUAUGUCUGUGUGUGUCCAGCUGUUCCAGAUGCUGAUGAAGACCCCAAAGUGACCCGAGCAAAGUUCUUCGUCAGAGAUGAGUUUCUGAGGAUCAGCACGGCGAGUGGUGAUACCAAACAUUACUGCUAUCCUCACUUCACCUGCGCCAUCGACACUGAAAACAUCCGGCGCGUCUUCAACGACUGUCGUGACAUCAUCCAGCGGAUGCACCUGCGGCAGUAUGAGCUGCUCUGAUUGGCUGUUGGGCGUCAGGGUCACCUGACCUGAGGACUGAGUGAUCAGAAGAAGCUAGUCUAGAGGCUAAUGUGAUACCUAAUCAAAAGUCCUGUUCUCAUGAACUAGUUUAAUCUGGGACCUCUGGUAAUUUGUAAUAAUGUCGGUGGUCGUCAUUGAUCUUAAUCCCGUGUGAAUCGCCCAUGUCUGUGAUUUGUAAAGUAAAAACUGCACCACAAAUGACCUGGACCCUAUUUCUGGUAACACAGAGGUCCUGAGAUAAAACUGAUCCAGAGAGAAUCAGCGUCUCUGGGAUUUAGUCUGAUUCUGGUCUUUUUUUUCUGCCUCUUGUCUCUUGAGGAUCCUGAAAGGAUGUUUAAUAAAUCAAAGUGAGGACGGAUGUUAGGGAGCAAAGUGGAGGCGUCUCUGCCUCAUUCCCCCAAUUAGACCAGGGAUGAAAUCAUUAAAUCCACCAUUAAUGUGUUCAUCUGUUUUAAAUACCAUCAAGUCAAUAGACUCAAAAAUAUAGUUUUAUUAUCCAGAGGAAUUAAAGUUGUCACAAAGUGUAAAUUGUCCUCUGGCCUGCAGCAGAGACACAACUAUGGACAGGACAUUAGAGAAAAACACACUUGGUUUAUUACUCCUAUGAAUGAAACUCAGGCGUAGGAGAGAACGUCUGAACCACAGGACCAGGUCCCAGUUAAAACUAGUCCCAUGAGAACAGGGCUAAAGCUGGUAGAGCUGUAACAGGAAGUGAUUAUUAUUAGGAGACUAUCUGUGUACUUAUUCUCAGCACAUUGCAGGGGAUUGUGGGUAGUGUAGUCAGUAGGGAGCGUUUUAGAACUUGAAAUCUGAAUAUAUUUUUCCAUGAUUGUGACCUUGUUUUAGUGUGUCAUGGCUCUGAUUGGCUGCAGAUGUAGAAAUUCAAGAUUGAUUUUUAGAGAUAUAUUCAAACAGAAAUGUCUCUGCUCUAUUGUUAGCGCAAAAUGAACCUUUGUAUAAAGUGAAAGCCUUUUGUCCUUGUGACAACAUGUGAUAUUAAAGACUUUUUAUGUCAGA